AGGUACUGCGCGCCGUACGACUUUGACUUUGUGUGCGGCGUCAAGGCGCGGUGGGCGGGACGGAGGCUGUGCGAUUUAUUCGCGAGUGAGUUUCCGAUGCGACCGAAAGAGUAUUACGUGAAAGCACACGCGAUGGGACGGUUGUGCGCGCGAGAACACGAAGACGGGCCGAUGCUCGCCGGAGGAAACCGCGUGCGACACUUCAUACACAGGCAUGAACCUCCCGUGAUGGCGGAUGAAGUGCGCGUGUUGACUGUCAAUGAUGACGUCGUAUCGGUGUGGAAACCGGCGACGGUGCCCGUACACCCCACGGGGCAAUACAGGCGAAACACGGUGCUCGCUUUGCUGGCGGCGUCGCGUAGGGAUUUGGGACGGUUAUUUCCCAUUCACAGGCUCGAUAAGAACGUGUCGGGGUUACUCUUGCUUGCACGUUCGUCAGAAGCCGCGAAUGAGAUGCGAGUGAAGAUGGAGGCGCGAGAGAUGCGGAAGGAGUACGUCGCGCGCGUGCGAGGAGCGUUCAACGACGGUGACGCGACGCCGGUGUCAAACGUAGAGAGUUUAGGAUUCGAUAGCAAAGGCCGUGUGGCGAUUUGGCGCGGAAAAAAAGGUGUCACCGAUCUCGACGAGCGGACUUUGAAGUCAUUCAAGGAUGCGUCUACGAAAUUUACGUGUAUUAAGACGCUCGUUGACGGGACUUCGCUCGUGCGAUGCGAACCCUUCACCGGACGCUCGCAUCAAAUACGAGCGCACUUAGCCAUGCUCGGGUAUCCAAUCGCAAAUGAUGUCGCGUAUGGGGGUGCAUUGGUCGAAGUUGAGCGCGCUCGAGCGAUUCAGCACGCGUGCGACGUCACCGUGCUGAACGAAGCGGGCGAAUUAGUCAAAGACGAGUCGCUCGCCAUCGAUUACUCCGCUCCCCGCAAGAGCCGGGAGCAGAGCUCCGAUUUGUGUCCACACUGCCCGAGAAUCGUGCACGCUGGAGACCAGGCAAUCGACCUAGAGGCGAUAUGGUUACACUGCGUGCGAUAUAGCGGCGAAGGGUGGGAGUUUGAGUGUCCGAUGCCAGACUGGGCU